ACAGAUCACACGUUGCAGAUAAAGAAUUAAAUUCAUGUAUGACGAUUUCAUCAGCGCUAUAAAACCGUUUUCAUGUGGAGUCAGUUAGUCGUUAUUUUGCAGAGCAGUUCCACUGUUGAGUUCAUACGUGAAACGCCGACAUAAUCUCUGAAAUUACACAAAUGAGUUCCCAAAAAUUCUCCGGAGGCGGAAUGGUGGAGCAUCUGCAUGUUAAGAGUGGAGAAGAGCAACAUCACAUUAAAUCGAAAACUUUAAACUCGAAAAAUGGCAACCAUUCCAAAACUGGGGAUUAUGAAAAUAGAAAACAAGGGCCGCAGAAACCUCUUGAAAAAAUUGGGAAUGUUGCGAAUCCUUACACCCACGAAUUCUUGAUGGAUUGUGCCGACUACAUCUUGACGAGAACCAACUUGAGACCCAAAAUUGCCAUAAUUUGUGGCAGUGGCCUUGGAAGUUUGGCAGAGAGCUUGGAUGAGAAGAUGGACUUUCCCUAUGAAGACAUUCCUCACUUUCCCCAGUCGACAGUUCCAGGGCAUGCAGGCAAACUGGUGAUUGGGAAGAUGGGAACCGUUCCUGUCGUCUGCAUGCAGGGGAGAUUUCACUACUAUGAAGGAUAUCCCCUCUGGAAGUGUGCCAUGCCCGUCCGAGUCUUCAAAUUAUUGGGGGUUGAGCUUAUGGUUGUCACCAACGCUGCUGGAGGGAUCCACCAGGACUUUAAAGUUGGCGAUAUUAUGAUCAUAAAGGACCACGUUAAUUUCCCUGGGAUUGGUGGUGAAUCUACCCUUCGGGGUCCCAACGACGACAAGUUUGGACCCCGUUUUAUCGCCAUGAAUAAAGCUUAUGAUCUAGAGUUGCGAAAGCUGGGCAAGCAGGUGGCGUCCGAGCUGGGGAUGAGCAACUUUUUCCACGAAGGUGUUUAUUCAAUGGUUGGCGGACCCAGUUUCGAAACUGUGACUGAACUCAGGCUGAUGAAACUAUUGGGAGUGGAUGCAGUAGGAAUGAGCACGGUCCCCGAGGUGGUGGCAGCUCGUCAUUGUGAUAUUAAGUGCUUCGGAUUUUCACUGAUUACCAAUGAAUGCAUCAUGGAAUAUGACAAUGAAGACGAGGCAAACCAUGAGGAAGUUAUGGAAAAUGCAAACAAGAGAGCCAACGACUUGGUUCAAUUUACAAGCGCAUUUGUCACGUCUGCAGCCCAACAUUUGGGCUUUGAAUAAGUGUCUCAGCUAAUAGUAGCAAAUAUUUCGCUGUCACUAAUGCUAAGUCAGUUACUUGUAUUAUUACCAAUGUAUCAUCCGUAUAAUAUUUAGUAGGCAAAUGGCAACCACGCAGUCCUUUAUCCCAACUAAUAUAAAAAUCUUGUCGACUUAAGUAAAACCAUUAAAAAUGAACAAUAUUCAUAUAUACAGAUUCCGUGGUUUAUUCAAUUGAAGCGUGUCGAUAUUUGAGCAAGCCAAAUUAUUUACAACAAAUUAAUUUCUACAAUUGGUGGAACAGCUCAAUUUUCAUUCAGAUCAGAGUACUGGGAAAGAAUCACUUCCUCAAUGUCACAGAAUGAUAUUUGGUUUACCUAGAAUAAAGUAAAAUCCUGUCAGGGAUUCCUUCAGAUUUUA